AUGAAGACGGAGCCAUCGGCGCCGCGUGUGCUCGAGCUGCUGGCGCCACGCUUCGCCGACUUGAGCGGCGUAUCCGGCAGCCUCCCCGUGUCACUUGAUCUGUCCGCUUCCUUGGACGUGCAAUUGGUCUUCUGGGAGCGAGAAGGGGUCACCAAAGAGCUCGAGUGCGUCAACGUGGACGAAGGCUGUCCGCGCUGCAAAUUUGAAGCUUUCUUGCGUGGUCUAGUGAUCCUUAAGCGGCGUGGCGUCCUACAUAUCAAUGGAGCUUUGACUUUGUCAAACGCAGCAAGUGCCACGUCAUGGGGUGCAAGCUGCAUCGCUGGCAGACACCUCGGACCCAAGUGA